AUGGUGACUAUUGCCAUUCUUCGACCGGCGCGCGCCGCGGCGCAGUCGUCGUGGAAUGCGCGCUCUUCCUUCAAGGUCGCCGCUGCCGCCGCCUCCUCGCGCCGCUCCUUGUCCUCCUACCUCGUCACUCCCAAGGAGCUCAACGAGGCCCUCAAGAAGAACCCGCCCAAGAUCAGCCCCGAGCCGCGCACCAUCCCCCUGUGCGCUUCCUGGUUCCUCCCCAACGAUGGCCGCACCGGCAUCGAGGUCUUCCGCCAGCAGCGGAUCCCCAAGGCCCGCUUCUUCGACCUCGACAGGGUCAUCGACCGCCACAGCGAGUACCCGCACAUGCUGCCCUCGCCCAAGGACUUCGCCGCCGCCAUGAGCGAGCUGGGCAUCCGCAAGGAGGACACCGUCGUCGUCUACGACAGCAAGGAAGUGGGCAUCUUCAGCGCCCCGCGUGUCGGCUGGACCCUUAGGAUCUUUGGCCACCCCAAGGUCCAUGUCCUCAACAACUUCAAGCUCUGGGUCGACGAGGGCCUGCCCACCGAGUCGGGCGAGCUCUACAGCGUCGAGUGCUACACCUACCCGAUCCCCAAGAUGGACGAGAGCAAGGUUGUCGACUUUGAAGAGGUGCGCGAGAUUGCGCUCGACCACAACAAGGAGGGCGCCGAGGGCGUGCAGAUCAUCGACGCGCGGUCGCCCGGCCGCUUCACCGGCAAGGACCCCGAGCCGAGACCCGGUCUGUCCUCCGGCCACAUGCCGGGCUCCAUCAACAUCCCCUUUAACGCCGUCUUGGACCCCGAGACCAAGGCCUUCUACCCCCCGGACAAGCUGAGGCAGAUCUUCCAGGAGAAGGGCGUCGACCCUGAGAAACCCAUCAUCUCGAGCUGCGGUACCGGCGUGACCGCCUGCGUCAUCGAGACCGCUCUCGAGGUGGCUGGAUGGGGCUCUCCUGAGAAGCGCAGAGUCUACGACGGAAGCUGGACCGAAUGGGCGCAACGGGUGAAGCCAUCCGACUCGCUCAUCAGAAAGGACGAGUAA